CGGCUCCAUUUGGCGCCAAUUCUUAUCUCGACUGGGUGCAUACCCCCGCAUUUGGCUUGAUACCAAGUAAUUGACUUCCUACCACUUGAUAGACAUGAGCUAUCUGUAUGGUGUACGUGUCGGUGCUCCGACUUUGAUACACAGGAUAGUAUAUAGCGUUAUGACUCCCCUGAACGUCCUUACAUCUUGAUUGUUUGAUAUCACAGCGAAUGACCCAGUUUAUCCCUUGACUGGUCAAUAUCUUUGUCCUAAAUCACCGUGUUCGCUUGGUAGCAAGUCUUAAUGGCACAGAAUCAGCCCUGCGACCCACUAUUUCCUGACCCACACGACAAUCUGCCACCUGGGACAUUCCGUCUGAUCCAAGACGAAGAUGAAAGAGCACAUGGCAACCGCCAGGUUAUGCUAAAUCCUGUCCCGUCCAGCGAUCCCAAUGAACCGUUGAAUUGGAGUACAGCGCGGAAAAUAUGCAACUUUACCCUCGUUCUCGCUGUGACGGCACUCAUAUUUACAGCGCUUUCGAUCCAGGCAAUUUUCUGGCAAUUGAUGGUAGUAGAUCUCGAUGUGACAUAUGCCCAGCUGAACCGCGCCAUGUCUGUGAACUUCGUUGGCCUUGCCGUCGGCUGCGUGUUCUUCAUUCCUCUAGCGAAGAAGUUCGGCCGAAGACCCGUGUAUCUCGUUUCGACGGCCCUCAUGUUGGCAACUUCUUUUUGGACGUCGAAGUUGCAUACUCUUGCGGAAUUGUAUGCUACUAACUUGCUACAGGGGCUUGCUGGAGCAACAAAUGAAUCAAUCGUGCAGAUUACGAUUUCCGACCUCUUUUUCGUGCACCAUCGUGGGGGGAUGAAUGGUUUGUAUAUGACUAUGGUCAUGAUAGGUAGCUUUCUCACUCCUAUGGCGGCCGGGACUCAAGCCACAAAUCAAGGCUGGCGAGCAUCAUACCAAGCACUUGGUAUCACUAACGCCGUUCUAUUUGUCUUAUUUGUGCUUUUCUACGAGGAAACAAAGUAUACACCAGUCAUCCCCGGCGUCGACGAAUCUUGCGAACAUACAGUCGACAACAUAAAAGCCGAUCGCAAACGGGAUAUUGAGUGUUCUGCCAGUCGAGCCGAAACGAGUCCAAUACCAGCAGAUCACCACGAGCUAGACUAUAGGAUCCCAAUGAGAACAUGGAGACAGCGAUUUGCCUUGAUAACCUACUCCCCCGAGUCCAUUUGGCCAUAUUUCUACCGUCCCUUCUACGUCGUCGCUGCCUUUCCUGCUGUCCUUUUCUGUGCCUUGCAGUAUGCCUUUGGCGUGGUCUGGUUAACUAUUCUAUCCUCCACCCUCAGCUUGGUAUUCCCUUUGCCACCGUAUCUCUUCACCUCCGAGCAAAUCGGCUUCAUGAGUGUUGGUCCGUUUAUCGGGAACCUCAUCGGGUCUGUCUAUGGUGGCUUCCUCGGCGACUGGUCUAUAUUGUUCUUUUCAAAGCGCAACAAAGGAUACUAUGAACCGGAGAUGCGCUUGUAUAUUCUUCAUUUCCCUGCCUUUGCAAUGGCUGGGGGGUUGAUAAUGUUUGGAGUCACGAUUGCACGGGGAAUGCACUGGAUAUAUCCCAGUAUUGGUGGUGCUCUGUUCGGCUUCGGACUAGGCAGUAUCAGCGAUGCAUCACUGACGUUGGUUAUUGACUCCUACCGUGACAUUACUGGAGACGCCUUCACAGGAGUCGCCUUCAUGCGCAAUGCCAUCAGCAUCGGCAUCCCGUUCGCAAUAAGUCCUUGGCUAGACCGAUCGGGCGCGCAGAACAUGUUUAUUGCAUGUGGAUUUAUUAGUUUGGCCAUCACCUUGACCAUUAUUCCCAUGGUGGUUUGGGGCAAGCGGAUGAGGAGGGCCACCGCGGAGAGGUAUCGGAUUAUGGCUGGGAAAUAGAUUAUUUAUUCGGGUUGCACUAGGUACAUGGCAUGAUGGAUGUAGAAUGAGAACCCAAUGUACCCCACAAAUGGUCAAUGCUGGGUGCUAGUAGUGAAGGAAGCCAAAAGAUAUAGUAGUCAAAUCUACCUGUGCUUUGGAAAUGCCCGAUACCGAGAAAAUCCCGAAGGAUUCAUCUCGAG